AUGGCAGCAAUCAGUGUCUCCGAUGUGGCCACGCCGGCCAUAUCUUUGCUGAUAUUGGCUUCCCUCUAUCGAUACGUUCUUUACCCAGUCGUCUUCUCUCCUCUUUCGAAAAUACCGAAUGCGCACUGGUCGUGCUCAAUCUCCCCAUUUUGGAUAUUGUGGGCCAGGUACGAGAGCCGAGAGAACAGGACAUUGUAUGAAGCUCAUGACAAACAUGGCCCAAUCGUCCGCAUUUCGCCCACCGAAAUCAGCAUCAACAGCAUGGAAGGAGUAAAAAUUGUGUAUCAGGGCGGUUUUGACAAGCAUGAGUGGUACGACAUCUUCAACAACUAUGGAGUUCCAUGCAUGUUUUCGUCUACGCACGCGAAAGAGCAUUCAAUUAGGAAACGCAUGGUGUCCAACGUCUACUCAAAAUCGUACAUCCACUCGUCGGCCUCUCUGGCUGCGCAGUCGUAUUCCAUUCUAAAUUCCAGAUUUAUUCCAACAUUGGAACACUCUGUCUUUGACAGCCAGAAGCCUCAUGGUAUCGACGUUUAUUCGUUGUUUUGUGCAACUGCGAUGGACUUCAUAUCCACGUAUUGCUUCGGCCUCCGCAACAGCUCCAACUUUAUACAGAACAAGUUGUACAGAGACCAUUGGCUGAAGCUUUAUCAAGUUCGGAAAGGCUAUGGGUUCUUUCCGCAGGAACUACCUCGGCUGUCACGGGCUGUCACCUUUAUUGGCCUUCAUUUGACCCCAACAUGGGUUGACGCUGCGAAUGAUGAGCUAGAGGCCUGGUGCAAGAAGCUGUCCAACUCCGCUGUGUCCUAUCUCAAAAAGACCGGCACGGAAUCCCAGGACUCAGUGGAUGAUCCUGUAGUCGUUCGAUCAUUACUGGCGGGAAUAGACAAAGAGGAAAAGACAAACGGGAAAGAGUCGCCCAUUUACCCUACUGCCAUCCUACAACAAGAACUUUCAGUCGCUUCAGAGGUCAUCGACCAUGUUCUCGCCGGACAAGAAACCACCGGAGUUACCCUGACUUACUUAACAUGGCAUCUCUCCCAGUCACUGGACCUGCAGCACGAGCUCCGGAAUGAACUACGCUCCUUGGAACCCAACAUGAGGUUGGAAGCCGGUAGAGUCAAUAUUGCAGACUCUAAACAGUUGGACAACCUCCCGAUAUUACACGCGGUAAUCACCGAGACCGUGAGGAAGUAUGCCCCGGCUGGCGGCCCAGAACCUCGAAUUGCCCCGUCACCAUCAUCGCGCAUCGGACCUUACGAAGUGCCCGGCGGCACCCGCGUGUCCGCUUCCGCAUAUAAUUUGCAUCGGGACAAGAAAUUCUUCCCGGACCCGGAGAAAUGGGACCAUGCCCGAUGGUUGCAGCAGGAUGGCGUGGAUGGCGAAAAGAAGACCGAAAUCAACCGCCAAUUCUGGGGGUUCUCGAGUGGUGGGCGAAUGUGUCUUGGUUCAAACUUCGCUAUGCAUGAAAUGAAACUCAUCAUCGCCGCCAUAUACUCCAACUAUACCAGCCACAUUGUCGACGAUGAGGGCAUUGAGCCCACUGAUGGAUAUACGGCACACCCUAAAAGUGAUCAGCUUUGGUUACGUUUUGAAAAGGUGUAA